AUGGAAUUGCCUCCUCCUCAAUACCCGCCUUUAAACAAGGCCAAAAGACCGCGGGUUGCGGAAGAAAAUCGCAAAAGAGCUGUACGAGCAUGCGAUGGAUGUCGCAGAGUAAAGGAGAAAUGCGAAGGGGGAAUGCCCUGUCGCAGAUGUACGCGCUAUCACCGACAAUGUAUAUUCAACGCACCAUCUGAACCAAUAGAAAAGUCAAAUAGACACCGUCAGCGAACAGGAAGUUUCACGCGUGAUGAUGAGACGGAAGCCGAACGUGUGCGCUACAUGGAGCGUAUACUGGCGCAUUAUCUGCCUAAUAUGACCUUCGAUACUCCUUCGCUGCGUAAAGUGGCCGAGGAUCUGAAAAGGGACCAUCGUGAACAGUCAGAAUCCGAGGGCCCGCUAACUCAAGCAGAGGCAGAUGACUUGGAUGACUUGGCUAUCGAUGAAGAGGUUUUUAGUAUUCGAGCGUUUCCUGAUAACACUACUCAGUACUCAGGCGAGUUUUCCUAUCUGAAUUUCUCUAUGAAGAUCCGAAAGAAAAUUGAUGAGUGGAUGCAGUCCAGCGUACCUGGAGAAAGGGAAGAAACGCUUCCGUUUGAAGAAAGAUGGAGGUCUACACAUCUGGAAUCUGGGCCAUCUUCGGUUUCUGCUGCCAUAGCAUGUUUACCUCCUCGUUAUGUCGCAGAGUUCCUCAUAAAUGUGGCCAACAAAUACGCACAGACCAACAAUUUUUACGUGGAAGAAGACUGGCUUCGCGAUAAGCUAGCCAUAUGCUAUAACGACCCAGACAGUCUCACCUCAGUUGAUGCCGCCUCUGUUUGCGCCAUCUUGAUGCUUCUGGCAAUAGGCACCCAAUUCGCGCACAUGGAUUCACCGACGCCGGUCAACAAAAUCAGUCGCGAGGAGUCGUCAGCGGACGAUCACAGAUUCUCGGAAGAUGAAGUCGGGUUAACGUUUUAUCAUUUCGCCUCUAAAUUGCUUCCUGAUAUCAUUGCUACUGCGUCCGUGAGAAGUGUCCAGGCGUGCUUGUUGAUUGGAACUUAUCUAUUGCCACUUGAUACAUCCGGUUUAUCGUACACGUACUUUGGACUAGCAAUCAAAUUGGCAAUCCAAAAUGGAAUGCACCGCAAGUACACUGGCGAGGGCUUAGACUUGCACAUGCAGGAAGUACGGAAUCGUGUCUUCUGGACUGCUUUUACUAUUGAGAAACGAAUCAGUAUUCUGCAUGGUAGGCCAGCUUCGAUUACAGACACGGAUGUUGAUGCGGAUUUGCCUGUGGAUCUACCUAGUCUACACUCUCGCACCACUACCAAUAACCAUACGAACAUGGUGGCGCUCAUCAAGUUGACGUUGAAACUAGGCAAAAUUGCCGAAGAAAUAUCAUCAUUGCGAAAAUUUCAUAAAUGGCAACAACCCAAUCCUUUGGAGAAUCUACUUACACAGCGUCGAGAAUUGAUUGACUGGUGGUCGAGUCUUCCAAAGGAGACAUCAUGCCGUGACCUAAAUCCCACCAGCCCACUAUUCCGCUGCAAUGUGCAUCUCAAACUGGACUAUUGCUUGACCAGAAUCUUUAUGGGCCGUCCAUUUCUUUUCAGCAAUGAACGGAGCGGUAGUCAAAUAUCAUCGCAGAAGACAUCCGUCAGUCGAUCCAAAAUGAGAAGUAUUUUGGUAAGCGACUGCGUUGAAGCAGCACUGGAAAUCAUUGACUUGUGUCGUCUCUUGCGUGACGAGAUAGGCCUCGCACGAGCCUCGUAUACAGAAUUUAGCUCAUGCCGUGCAGCGCUUCUUGUUAUUCUGGCCCAAAGCCUGACAAGGCGAACAGACAGGUUGCGCAAUGCACUGACUCAGGGGAUGGGGCUAAUCAAGAUCAUGUCAAUGGGCAUUGGUUCGGCUAGAUCAGCCGUAAGCGUCAUUGAAGCGCUGGAACGUGCCAUUCGUCGGUUAGAAGAUUGGAGUGAGAUCCAAGGCCCAACAAAAGGGCCCCAAGAUUCACUAGACUCUGGAUAUGAACGUUUCAAGAAUUGGGAGAUGUUAUGGAAAACCGGACCCAUUUCGCCAGCGACUGGCACUUCAGCAUCAAACAGUGAGAAACCUCCACCCGUCCAGAAGAGGAGACGAGAUACAACCGAAAUGGACUUUUACCGUACAUCCAAAACGCCCAUGUUACACCAUACGACAAUACCUAAUACGGCGAAGCCCGUUGACCCCGGAGAUAUGAAUGGCAUGGCGGUCGACGUGUCACCUGGAACCACUACUGAACUGGUCAACAAUAAUCCAGAUGGCAAGAAGUUUACCAAUUUAGAGAAUGCCGAUACCCAGACACCAGACGAAGCAUCAUUAUUUCACCAGCUGGACAUUGCACACUCAGCAAAUUCUGCCGGAUUACCGCCGAUGCCUCAUUUUGGAUUUGAGGGCUUUAUCUCCAAUUUUCCUCAAGAAUUGGACGAGUUUACAGCAAUAUCAUGUUUUGAUAGUGACUUUUUGGCACAAAGUGCAGUCGCAUCAGGAGGAAGUGUGGAUAAUAUUGAUAAUAGUGCAUCUAAUGGGGGCGGUUGGUUACCAUGA